AUGCCCGCACCACACCCCUAUACGAAGCUCAAGAUCCCCGAAAACGCGCCUUUUGAACUGAAGCCUUCUCCUGGAAAAGGAUGGGGUAUCUUCGCGAAGAGAGACAUCAAGAAGGGAGACCUGGUCCUCAGCGAGAAGCCCCUUUUUAUGGUCAAGUCAUCUACGUACAGAACCACUGAGCUGGCCGUCCUCGCAGCAUUCCAGAAGCUGAAGCCAGAGGAUAAGCAGCAGUUCUUGUGCCUGCGUGACAACGGCUCCGCGAGAUAUCCUAGCAUGACCCAUGCCUUCAUUGACAACAACAUGACCGUCUCCAGAAUUAUGACAGCCAGACCCGGCGAAUACCCAGUCUGCGGCAUGUUCAUCCUGCAGCCGAGAUUCAAUCACUCGUGCAUUGCCAACUGCAAAGCUCCCUUCAACGGAAAGGAGGCCAUUUCCACCUAUGCAAUCCGGGACAUCACUGCUGGCGAGGAGCUCACUCUCAGCUACGACGCCAGAGUCACCUUUCACCCGCCACAGGAGCGCCAUGCGUCUCUAGGUUUCGUAUGCGAUUGUCCUGCGUGUGAUAUCGGGACGCCCUUCCAGGAGCUCAGCCAGAUCCGACGGACGCUCAUCCGGGGCCUGAUGUAUCUCCAGGACGGCGAAGACAUGGACAAAAGACGGCACCCCCCCUCGUGCUCAAUCAUUAUCUGUCCGAAGCUGAAGAAGAGGGCCGAAGAGGGCCAACUCGGCCUCACAUCCCAGUUCAUCUACCAGAUCCUGUUGCUUUUUCUGCUGGAGGAAGAAGGCCUGCUCGACUCCUUCACGCUGAAGGCCCUCCGCAAGAAGCUUGAGGCCACUGCCCGGCUCUUCCAGACAGAGAGAAACGCUCGCAUUGUCCGCCUGGCCAUGAGACGCAAGACCUGGCUGAGGAAGUUCGUGACGGCCGGGAGGCUGUACGGCCGCGAAGACGCCGGCGAUUUGCUUGCGUUCAUGUACCAGAGAGAUCCCAGCCGCUAUCCAGCCAUAUUCAUGUAA